CUGCGUCAUUUCUGGAGCGACGCAAAAAAUCGUAGCUAGCUGGCCUAAGCUAGCAGGUGCCUGGACAUCAAAGCUCAAUGGCUACCACGUAACCAAGUCAGAUAAACACGGUUCUGAGUUCGGAACAGCUGCGCGACUAUGGCGACCGGUGGUGGCGGCGGCUGCUCGGCGUCCAACCGUGACGUCCAAGAGUCCAACUCGGCUCAGGGCGGAGCUCCGGUAGCGCUCUCCAAUGUGCCGACCGCCGCUCUCGGCCCGUCCGCCUCCCCGCCUGUGCUCGCCGUUCACCGGGAGCCCGGCGUGUACAACUGGCAGGCGACGAAGAGCUCCCUGAUGGAGCGCUUCGCUUAUCUUUUCAACAAUGAACUGCUUAGCGACGUCAGGUUUGUGGUAGGCAAGGGCAGACAGGCGCAGAGGAUACCGGCUCAUAAGUUCGUCUUGGCGGCUGGCAGUGCCGUGUUUGAUGCCAUGUUCAACGGGGGGAUGGCGACCGCCUCGGCCGAGAUCGAGCUGCCCGACACCGAACCAGCAGCUUUCCUCUCGUUGCUCAGGUUCCUUUAUUCAGACGACGUUCACAUCGGUCCAGGGACUGUGAUGUCCACUCUGAACAUGGCGAAGAAAUACGCUGUCCCCGCUCUGGCCACUCACUGCGUGGAGUUUGUCAGCAAGCACCUCAAAGCAGACAACGCAUUAAUGCUCCUCACGCAGGCAAGGUUGUUUGAUUACCCUCAGAUUGCCAGUCUCUGCCUAGACGCUAUAGACAAAAGCACUACAGAGGCAAUAAAUGCGGAGGGGUUCACUGAUAUUGACCUUGACACUCUUUGUGCAGUCCUUGAACGAGACACACUGAGCAUCAGGGAGAACCGUCUCUUUGGGGCUGUGGUACGCUGGGCUGAAGCUGAGUGUAGCAGACAACAGCUUCCAGCCACCUCGGAGAACUUGCAGAAGGUACUAGGAAAAGCCCUCCCGCUUAUCCGCUACCCCCUCAUGAGUGUUGAGAAGUUUCCUCCAGCAAACCCAAAACCACGGGCCAGCAACAUUGACAGGCCCCGCUGCUGCCUCCGCGGAGAGGAAUGCAGCGUUAAUAGAUUCCAGCAUGUUGAGAGUCGAUGGGGCUACAGCGGUACCAGUGACAGAAUCAGAUUCAACGUCAGUCGACGAAUCUCCAUAGUGGGUUUUGGUCUGUAUGGUUCCAUCCAUGGACACACGGACUAUCAGGUCAACAUACAGAUAAUGGAGAAUGACAAACACCUCACUGUGGGCCAGAACGACACAGGAUUCAGUUGUGACGGCACGUCAAACACCUUCAGAGUAAUGUUCACCGAGCCUGUGGAAAUCCUUCCUAACGUCAGCUAUACAGCAUGCGCCACCUUAAAGGGACCUGACUCCCACUACGGCACGAAGGGCUUGAAGAAAGUCACCCAGGAGUCAGCAACCGGGACUAAGACAACAUUUGUCUUCUUCAAAUCCCCCGGAAACAACAAUGGUACCUCGGUGGAGGACGGCCAGAUACCAGAGAUCAUCUAUUAUACCUAGAUUGACGCAGAAAGACAUCGCAUCACUUUAAGUUGUUUUAUGCUUCACAAUCCCAGGGAAUGAACACUGAGUGGCAGCUUGUUUAUAUGCUAAAAACCCAGACACAAGGAUUGUUACAAGCGGCAGAGGUGUUUAAAAAAAAAAAAAAAAGAAUAAUAAUAAUAAAUAAAAGACACUUUCUGCUUCAAUUGUAUUCGAUGUAAAUAUGUAAAUUAUGAGACGAAGCAAAUGUCCUCCAUCGGGGUAAUCGAGAUUGAAGAGGUCGGUCGAAUUAUUUUCCCCACAAGCUGCUAGUGCUCGUGUGAGUCUUGCAUUACUCAAACCUUCGGAGUCAACUGCCAAUUGUCAACGAUGCCACAGUUUCGGUCUUUAUGGAAAGCCGUUUGAGCUCGAGGUCGACAUCCUUUGUCCUUAUAAGACAAUUUAGUGCACUAGUAGAACGACAAGAGCACACUAGUAGAAUGACAGUCUUAAGAUGCGUACUGGUAUGCACUUUGUCCACACUAGGGCAACUACCGUUACUAGUGAGGCUACACUAUGCACUAGUUGACAGCUGAGUUCUACGAGGAAAAUUCUAGUAGUUAACAGCCCGUCACUAGUAGUACAAGUCGUGUGCAGAUGUCAUAUAGUGUACAGUUUUGCCUGAGUAGUAGUAACACCUACCGACUAGUGUGCGGAAAUGUCACAGUCGUGAAAGGCAUUCGUGUAAAAACGUUACUAGUAAGACAGUCGUUCUACUAAUGCUUGGAAUUGUCUUACUAGGGAGGACAAAGAGGAUACUAGUACAUUGACCUUAAGUUGAAUAUGGAAUAAAUGCUCAAAUGGCUUUUCAUAAAUCUUUGCUGAAGCAUUUACAGAAAUUGACAGUAUACGCAAAUGUACUGGUCGGCUGUUUCCAUCACAGUUUUUGUUUGUGUGUAAUGUAACGUUGUCAUUGGUACCUGCUGUAAUUCAUACAUGUUUGCUCGGCACUUCAUUGAAAUUCAAAGAACAUCUUCAGUUCAUAUUACAGAUAGAAGACAUUUCCGAACUCCCAGUGAGGUCACCGUUGGAUACAUCUUUUGUAUUAUACAUAUUCAUUUUUCAUUACAGACACGCUCAUCUGUCAAGUAGCCAAAAGGCAAGGCCCAGAGUGCAGUACACAACUGAUCAUAAUGUGUCAAAUUUACGUAAUCCUUGCAGUUUUUCAAGAAAACUUGUAUUACCUUGGUGGUACAAAAUAUGUUGGCCAUGUCAGGCUAUGUAAAUGUAUGCAUUAUUAUACAUUUCUUGCAACAUUGAUGCUUAUCGUUGUAUAAAUAAAAUAAAAAGGUUGUUUAACAAAUCACUCU